GGACCGAGAGCGGGGCGAGGCCAUGUCGGACCUGGGCUCGGAGGAGUUGGAGGAGGAGGGGGAGAAUGACCUUGGGGAAUACGAGGGAGAGCGGAAUGAGGUAGGUGAACGACACGGACACGGGAAAGCAAGACUGCCCAAUGGGGACACGUAUGAAGGGAAUUAUGAACACGGGAAAAGACAUGGCCAGGGAGUCUACAAAUUUAAAAACGGUGCUCGGUACAUUGGAGAAUACGUUAAAAAUAAAAAGCAUGGUCACGGCACUUUUAUAUACCCAGAUGGAUCAAGAUAUGAAGGGGAGUGGGCGGACGACCGAAGGCACGGUUACGGCAUCUACUACUACGUCAAUAAUGACACCUACACGGGGGAGUGGUUUGCUCACCAAAGGCAUGGGCAAGGCACCUAUUUCUACGCAGAGACGGGCAGUAAGUACGUAGGUACCUGGGUGAAUGGACAGCAAGACGGUGCGGCCGAACUCAUUCACCUGAACCACAGGUACCAGGGCAAGUUCUUGAACAAAAACCCUGUCGGCCCUGGAAAGUACGUGUUUGAUAUCGGAUGUGAGCAGCAUGGGGAGUACCGUCUAACACAUGCGGAAAGAGGAGAAGAGGAAGAGGGGGAGGAGACGAUGAUGAUGACCGUGGUUCCCAAAUGGAGGGCCACCAAAAUCACAGAGCUGGCUCUGUGGCCCCCAGCCCUCCCCAACGAGCAGCCGCCUACGGACGGGCCUGGCCCAGAAGAGGCUCCAGGACCCGAGGGUGGUGGGGAGCUCUCGGAGGAGGGCCAGGCUCUGGCAGAUGUUUCCGAGGGGGAGACCGACUCCAUGAGGCCUGGGCAGGACCACGGAGAUGGCACCUGGGAGGAGGGCCGAGAGGAUUUCCGAUAUGACGCCGUCGACCAGGGAAUUGUUAGUUUUGAAGAAGAAGAAAGUAAACAGUCAGAACUACUAGAGUGAGCUGACGUGAGUGGGAAGAAUAGGAGAUUUUAUCCCCAAAACGCUCUGUUAUUUGGCCCGUUGAUGCUAAUCCAUUAUUAAUCUUUCUUAUUAGUUGUUAAAUAGUGCACAGUUUGAAUAAACGUCUUCCUUAUCCUUUGUUUA